AUGAGUGAAGACCCGUACGCUCGACCUUCAACAGAUUACCCAUUUGAAAUCCAAAUCAAUCCUCUCAAACAGACGAGAGUGGUUGAUAUUCAACCUGGCUAUGGUAGCCAAGAGAUCCGCUGUACUCUGUCAGUGAAAAAUCUACAGACUGAAUGUCCAUCCGAUUAUGAAGCUCUGUCGUAUGUAUGGGGCAAAUGGGAGGAUUGUGCCACUAUUUCGUUGAACGGUAUCCCAGAUUUUCCUGUUACUCGCAAUCUUGAAAAUGCCCUCCAAAGACUUCGACAUAGAGAAAGAACUCGCCGCAUGUGGAUUGAUCAACUAUGUAUCCAGCAAGAAUGCGACUGUCAAAAUGGGGGACAUACAUGUGAGAAGAAGCAACAAAUCAAGAAUAUCGGCCAGAUAUUCUCACAAGCUCAGCAAGUUAUCAUUUGGUUUGGAGAACACGACUAA